AUGGAUAGCAACCCAUCAAGCAGUGAAGACAGUGAUGACAAUGAGAUUCAAACGUGUGAAUUGACACGUAGCGCCAAUGAGAGUAUGCAUGAAUUGGAUGCUAAUGUUUCAGACGUUCAGAUAGAAAACCAGGAACAGGAGAUCUGGGAGCAAAACAUAGAACAACAAGGGUCUUCGGUGUCUGACGUUCUGAAUUCACCAGAAACUGAACCAUUUAAAACACCAAACACAAAAGAGGGCACAGAAGAACGACCAUCUAAACAGCAUUUGUCAGCUCCGAAAGCUGCUAAGAAGAGUUCCAAACUAGUAGAUACUGUUAAUACGAGUACUUCUGCUAAAGAAGCCUUUGAAAUGAUGAAAUCCGUGUAUCAAAAAACACAGACAAUCGAAACACGUGACAAAUACUCAAUAUUAGGUGAACUAGUAGGACAUACAAUACGUAACUUGAAAACAGAUUUUGCAAAGGCUACAGUUGAACACCAAAUACAUAAUAUUUUAUACGAUGCCCAAAUUGGAAAAUAUGACUUUCCUCAACAUUCUUCUCUUAGACGUUAUUAUUCAUAUACUUCAUCUUCUGAUAAUAGUGUCCCGUCAGCGUCGGCGUCUCCUCAUUCUGAAGAAACUCAUACUUAUGAAACUAAUGAUGGCUUGAGCUGGGCAAUAACAAACUCAUUUGGUACAAACAAUAAAUAA